CGCCGCCACCCGCGGCCGCCUCGGCGCCAGCCCUGGGGUGGCGCCUGAGGGCACUGGGGUCCCGCGGCGCUGCCGGCUCCGCCUCGCUCGCGGCCCGCCGCCGCCUGCCGCGUGAGGUUGCCAGUAAGAGCCCACCGCGCUCAGAGGCCAGAAUUGUGCGCAUCUCCGGGUGCCCGCGCGCCGUGCACCUCCGGGACCCCCACUGUUGGAGGGGGGACACGGGGGUUAAUUAUCCCCGGACAUUCCUAGUGUACAGCAUGAUCCGCUCGAGGGAAGUGCGGCCCGGGAUCCCUCGGGGACAGGGUGCCUAAUCCCCUUCUUGAAGGGACAGAGACUCCGGUCAGCCCCCGCAUGCCAGAUCUUCGGAGGAGUCUCUAUGCUGACGAGCGUGUUAGCAGUCGGGAUGACUGAUGCAGCCGGGGCCCGGCACCCUUCGCGGCGCCAGGCCGAGGGGAGGCCGGACGUUGGCUUCCCUUUUCACCCCUGAGGAAGUCGGGGCUUUAACCCCGUGCACUGCCAACCCAAGGACCAAAGGAGGGCCACCCAGGUGGGCCUGGCUGCCACUUCCCGGUCUGGUGGCGCCGAAAUGAUGUCAUCUCCACUAGUCUCUACUUCGCAAGUUAAGAUCGUCCUUUGAUUAUUGACCAAAACUGAGGAAACUGAGGCCGAGGGAGGGGGCCCGCUUACCCAGUGAAGUUUCUCCUGAGAGGCGCCAGAGGAGCUGCCUGGAAACGAGGUGCAUGCCUUUGAAUCUGGACCAGGCCAUGUGACUUCCCUUUACCAACAGAAUGAGGUGGAAGCGACCAUGUGCCAUUUCCAAGCUCAGGCUUCCUGACACCUUGCAUGUCUCCUUUUGUACCCCGUGCUUCUGCCAUUGCCAUGAUCAAGACACCACCCAUGUUGGCCCAGUGGUCCCAGGAGGAAGAAAAGAGACUCAUGAAGAGCCAGAUUGCCUCAGCAAAGGUCCACCAAAACCAUCCCGCAGCUGAACUCAGAUGGGUUUUUGGGUGCUGUGAAGAGAACUGGGCAGAACACCAGAAUAUCAGAAGCAGUCAAUAACCCAGAGGCCAGAGAAGCUCAAAGAACAAUCCAGAGAAGGAGAUCGCUCACUGGGACCACAGGCAGUGCUUUCCCACCAAGAUGAUUUCUGCAAACUCCAGGCCCUGUGAGAUGAAAGGGUUGGAGAGGAUUCCUACCCCUGGAAGUGCUGGCCGAGUGUGGGUGUGGGGCUGGGGAACGUCCUAAAAGGCAUUCAAGCAUCUGAAGGGGCUGGAUUCCAGAGCUUCUAGGUGACCAGAACCAGGCAGCUAAAUGGCACCUGUGUCAGCUCAGUGGACAUGGAGCUCUUCCUCCAUUACUCCCUCAUCCCAUCACUUUUCAUCAUUUUGGUCUUGUCCUUUCUCCAAAGACGAGAGCACCGUAAGCAGAGAGAUGAUACUUCUCACCUCCUGGGGAACCGCUUUGGAAUCAUCAUACCUCUGGACUUUGUGGGCACCUUUAGUAACCGAUGGUCUUAUGGAAUCGCCUUUGGGGCCACAGCCAAUAAAGUCAUGUUCUUGUUCUCAGAAGGGUACCAGCCCUUACAUAUCCCUCAGUGGGCACAAGCCUUUGUGCUUCUGAUUGGAGGCAUGGAAGUCGGCCUGUCUCACUUCCCCUUCUUUGCCUGCCUCUCGUCGGAGUUCCGGCUGGUCAGCUCCAUCCUUGGCUUCAGCUACUCUCUGAUCUGGUUUGCUGUCACCAUCCUUUACAUCAUACAGUGUCCCCAUGGGCAGUUUUUGGGGAAGUACGAGACCGUCAUGUUCUACUGGCCCUCACUGCUGUGCCUGGCCUUCCUGCUGGGCCGCUUCCUUCACAUGUUUGUCAAGUCGCUGAGGGUCCACCUGGGCUGGGAGCUGCAGAUGGAAGAAAAGCCUUUCCUGGAAGUUCACCAGGCAGAGCAUGUCAAGCGGCUCCUGAGGAAGGCCCCCCUGCAGGAGACUAAAAAGUCCUGGUUCCAAACCAGGGUGUAUGAGUGGGACCCCUGCUUUCAGUUCCCAAGCAGAAUGAUUGGAACCACUGUGUUGGCUUUCAUAUGCCUGUACCUUUUCAUUGUCAUUGAGUUCUGCGUGUUCAUGUAUGUGAGAGACGAGCUGGAUGUGUUUGAAGGGGAGCUGGAGAACUACAUCGCCUCCAUGAACCAGACGGGGACCCUGACCCCUGUCAUCCUGCAGGUGAAAGAGCUGAUGAACGUCAGCAAAGGAGUCUGGCUGGUGACCAUCUUGCCCGCCUCCCUCACGUGUGUGAGCUAUCUGUUCCACAUACUGGCCUGUUACAGAAAGCACAUGAAGAGGCUGUGGGCAGGAAAUAAACACUUUCUCCCUUUGAAGUUCCAUCAUCCUUCCUCGUCGAAGAGUGUGGUGGCCAUUGCAAGGUACUCUGGCUGGCAAAUAGCCUAUAUUCUGUGGGGCUACCUCAUCAUCCACGUGGUACAGAGCCUGUGUGGCCUGAUGAUCAUGUACAGCCUGGUGUUGCCUGUCGUCCACAACCAGGGCCUGGAGAUGCUCCAAGGACUGGGCAUCGGGAUCCUCACCAUAUCCAUCGUCCUGGGUCUCAUGAGCCUGCAGGUAUGGAUCGCCACCAGCUUCUUCCUGCAGCCAAAGAUGAGCACGGCUGACAAGCAGAAGCCCUUGGCUCUCAACAACAGGAAAGCCUUCCACAACUUCAACUACUUUCUGUUCUUCUACAACGUGCUCCUGGGCCUGGGCGCCUGCCUCUCCAGGCUGCUCAUCAGCUGCAUCCUGGGCACGUGGCUGAUUGCCCGCAUCGACAGGACCAUCAUGCAGAAUGGCUAUGAGGGUGCAGACAUGGGGUUCAGCGCCUGGAUUGGCAUGCUCUAUGUGGAUCAUUAUCAUACCAACCCUGUGCUCGUCAGCUUUUGUAACAUCCUGAUCACAGGGCACAGGGAGCGGAGGCUGCAGCAGGCCAUCAAAUACUGGUGCCUAAAUCAGUCAGCAGGUCCCCGAGUCUCAGCCAGGUCCAGGACGCGGUGGCUUCUGCUGCAGACCCUGGUCAACAAUCCCAAACUAGUCAUGCUCAGAAAAUCAAGACCAGGUCAUAGCUGCCGGGAGUUUACCCAGAUUCUUUUGAUGGGCUCAGAGAGCUGACAGUGACCUCCGACCUUGCUAUAAGGCCAUUCCAGGAUGACUGCUCCAGAGAGGACCCGGGCUACCCAGCUGCUGUCCCCUGCAUUGUGACAGGAUGCACAGUCACUGUCCACUGCAUACAGCACCAGAUACUCGUGGAUGGCACCUGGGCUGAACCAUGAAGUCUCAGCCCCAAUAAUUCACUCCCCUGGUAAAAAGCUCAAGAACUAAAGAGAAUUUCUGUUGAACAAUCUUUUCUCAAUGAUUUCCACUAUAGAUGGUUAGGAGGCAGCCUUGGGGAGUUCCAUAUGGACAAACAGUUUGACCACAGGGCAGAACUUUGUGUCAAUGAAGAAUGUGGUAAAAUGGCUAUCUAUACCAGGAGAGUUUAACUAUUGGACACAGUUGUUCUCUGGGAGACAAUGUGGCCUUAAUCCAAUAGGAUCCUCAUUGCUCCCCCACUUUCCAGGCCUCCUGGUGGUGGGAGAGACCCCAGCCUCUAAUCUGGUAGUGUGAGCAGGCACACAUUGGGCUCUUCCUGCCAUGGCCACUGGGAUGAGGAACAGAUCAGAACUGGCCUGGGUCUUGGGCACAAAGAAGAUAUGCACAUCUGACGAGGAGGGGAUCCCCCAGGAAAGCUGCCUAUCUGCGGAGGCAGAGAUGGGGGUGUGCAGGCAUUCUCCUUGGAGGACAACAGAGCAAAGGAGUGGGAGCAGGAGAGCCCCAGGCAUGUUGGAGGAGGGGAGGCCUCUGGUGUUUGCAGUACAGGGAAUCAGGGGUGGGUUAGACCACCUAGGGAGGCUCAGACGCCAGGCUGGGAGGCCUGGACAUUUCUCUGUGUGCAGAGGGCCCAGUCCUUACCCUGAGUCUUCAUACCCUCGUGUAAGGUCUCUGAUGGUUCAGGGCUUGUACAAAGUGACCAAAGUCAUGCAGCUUGUGCAAGUGCCAGGAGGACAUACCAACAGGGUGAGGGAAGUCCCCCAUCUACCUCAUGAGUCCCAGAGCCAUUGAAGUUCAGUAAUCACAUUAAGCAUCUACUGUAAACCUAGUCCUGUUACUAGACGUGUCUGCCAGACUCAUCUCUUUUAAUUUAACCUUUGCCACUAGACUUUGUCACUCUGCUUUCAGAAACUGAGAAAACUGUGACUGGCGUGUCAGGAUCCCCACAUGUCCACUUCCAGCUGUGUAACACCAGCUAAACUCCUUUGCCUUUCUGUGCUGCUUUUUCCUUACAAAUAAAAAGGGCAAUACCUGGGCACCUGGGUGGGUCAGUUGGUUGUGCG